UUGCUGCCACACCUUGAAUACAAGCCGCGGGAACGCGCAGAGGCGCACGGGAGCGAGCCUGACCUAAUCCGCUGAGUGCUUGAAGGAAACCGCUGGAGAGAGAGAGAGGGAGAGAGAGAGAGAGGUGGAGGAGGAAGAAGACAAAGAGGAAUCGAGACAGACUGCAGUCAGUGUGUUGUUGUUGUGAUUCACAGGAAGAUGAAACUCAUAGCUCGGGUUUUGGAGCCUCAGUCAGGGUGAUUAAUCAGCCACAGGCUGGACGUUUGGAUGAAAAAGCAUGGUGGAUGGGAGAUGACUGGUCGUGUCCUGAAUUGCUCCGUGUCCUUGUUGUGGUGUUGUGAGACGAGGAAUGCCUCUGAGAGAAUCGCCCUUUCCUAAUGGUUUCGUCGGGGCUCUUCACGCCCUGGGAUGGGGCCUCAUCUUCCCCUGCUUCUGGUUUCUGGACCGACUCAUCGCCGUGUGCGUGUCCACGACACUGGAGCGCAAGCGGAGACUGGAGGAAGAGUGCUACCUCCACCCACUCAAGAUCUUUUUUGGCUCACUGCUCUUCUUCUUCCUGUUCCUUAUCUCGGCGCCGUUUGCGUUGCUGGGUUUCCUGCUGUGGGCGCCGCUCCAGUGCGCACGCCGUCCCUUCUCUUACAGGCAGCGGAAGGUGACGAUUAAAAUGCAGGACCGUAACGCUGGAUGGGAGGAGUCUGGAAAGGUGACGUUUGGGUUUUUAAGUGCUAAUCUGUGCCUCCUGCCCGGGGGCCUGGCGCGCUUUAAUAACCUGGCUCACACGCAGAAGCGGGCGCUCGCCAUCGGGCGCAACAUCGUGCAGGGCGUGAGUCGUCCACAUAUCCGUAUUUUCGUCGACUCGCCAAGUAGCUGCGAAGCCUUGAGCUUGUCCUCCAGCCUCCUGAAUGCAGGCUCCGCCUCCUAUGGCUCUAAUGAAGCUCAGACACCACCAGUGACACCAGAACAGGAUGGUGACGUUCCUAAAAAUUCACAAGACCAGGUUGUGGAUGCUGAGAAAGAAAUCCUCCAAAUGUCCACUGGAGGCGCUGUACCAAGCAAUCACACGCACGAACUCCAGGUGAACGGAAACCACAUGAAGCCUUCGCAAGCAUUAAACACGCCUCUGGAGGUGUCGGCUCUGUUUCCAGCCAGUGUGGACAUGUUGUGUCUGCAGGAAGUGUUUGAUAAGAGGGCGGCGGCCAAGCUGGCUGACACUUUGUCUCCGCUCUUUGGUCACAUCCUGUAUGACGUGGGCGUGUACGCCUGCAGCUCCGGCUGCAACUUUAAGUUCUUCAACAGUGGCUUGUUGGUGGCCAGUCGCUACCCGGUGAUGGAGGCGCAGUACCGCUGCUUCCCCAACAGCCGAGGAGAGGACGCUCUCGCCGCAAAGGGCCUGCUCUGUUUGAAGGUACAAACAGGAUUACAGAAGGGCGAGAAGAACAUGGUGGGGUUUUUUAACUGCACUCAUCUUCAUGCUCCAGAAGGGGAAGGAGAGAUCCGAUGUGAGCAGCUGGAUAUGAUCACCAAGUGGAUCGCUGAGUUCCAGACCACAACCAGGCAGCAGGACGAGGUGGUGGUGUUCGACGUGCUCUGUGGAGACUUCAACUUCGACAACUGCUCGCCGGAUGACGAUCUGGAGCAGAAACACACUCUGUUUAACAACUACACGGAUCCGUGCAGAGCUGCAGCGGGCCGAGAGAAACCCUGGGUGAUAGGGACUCUAUUACAGCAGCCAACUUUAUACGAUGAGGACGUGAACACUCCAGAUAACCUGCAGAGGACUCUAGAAAAUGAAGAGUUGCGUAAACAGUACCUGGCGCCCCCCGUACCCCGGGGCGACACUCCUCACGUGUACCCCGAGCCCGGGGAGGCCUGGGUGGGCCGCCGCAUCGACUACCUGCUGUACAGAGAGAGCGCUCUGAGUGACUGCUGGCACACGGAAGUCGAGGAGUUUACGUUUGUGACGCAGCUCGCGACUUUAACGGAUCACAUCCCCGUCGGCCUGAGACUGGGUGUCACACUCGACUCCGCAGAAUCCUGAGCUGGAACACACACACGCACAACACAACAGGAAGUGAUCCGCACACAGAUUCUGUGCUACUCUUAGAGGUCCAGGACAAUACAAUUAAACAGCAGCUAAAAUGCAGAACCUUUUUGCGGUGCCAAUGUUUUAUAUAUCAGGAGAUAAAUCCUGACUUUACCACAAUAUUUUAUCAGGGUGGGGCUUCUGUCAGGUCUGAUCUAAUGAGGACACUUUUAUGGUUUGGGGUUCAUCACUAAUAAUUGGAUGACAUGAGAUGAAACUGACAUUGUGCACUCCUACACUAUGGAUUGCAUUAAAGUCGUUACUUCGUGCAUGGUUUAGAAUCACCGAGAGGCUCCGAGUUCACGGCAAUAAACCACCCUUUUCUUACUUUUUUCCUUUUUCUUUUCAUUCACACACACAGAUGAUUCCUGUAAUCUAUUUUAAUAAAAAGUGACACUUUUCAAA